AUGUGUCGUCUGCGACACAUCUACGAUGCGGAGAAAGGGCACAUAAUUUGGACAGGAGAUGCCCUCUUGCCUGCGUUGGGCUCCACCCUAUUUUCGUCUACUACACAGCGCAGGAUCAUGCUGAGCUGGCAAGUACGAGGGCCAUAUAAUGAAGCUGUCGCACUCCUCUAUCCCAAUAUCAUGUGUGGCCGACAUGAAGCGGAGCUUCACACUGGCGGGAAGGGCAGUGUACGCCUGUAG